AUGGCUGAAGAAAUAGAACAUUUUUACGGAGUAUACCUACUAUAUUGCCUGAAUGAAAAGAGCAAAGGAAAAACUUACAUUGGCUAUACCAAGGAUCCAAAUCGCCGAAUAAAACAACACAACAAAGGUGUCAAAAGCGGAGGAGCCAGAAAAACCAGUCUUCGUGGGCCAUGGGAAAUGGUUUUGAUAGUACACGGAUUUCCCAACGAUAUAUCAGCAUUAAGAUUUGAAUGGGCAUGGCAAAAUCCCAAGACAUCCAGACGAUUGAAACACAUACCACAAAAAUCGAGAAGUGAAAAAGCAUAUGACUAUUGUAUUCGCAUACUUUCGGAAAUGCUGCAUGUAGGUCCAUGGAAUCGUCUAGCUUUAAAUGUCCGGUGGCUGAACCUGCAUUAUCGAAUCGACUUCAGUGAUGAUAAAUUUCCACCGAUGCACAUGUCUAUAUGUCAAGGACCAGUUGUAUGUAAGAAACCUGUGUCACCAAAUGAUAUUAGCUCUUUGGACAGCAGUAAAAGUCAAAUAUGUGUUUUGUGUGCACGUAAUUGUUGUGCAGAAAGUUUACUAAAUUGUUUAGAUCCCGAUUGUCAAGCAGUUACACAUGUUCAGUGUCUUGCCAAGCGGUUCUUAGGAUCAUCUGAUCAUAUUAUACCAAUAGAUGGUGAAUGUCCAGCAUGUGGCAUCCGUGUUCUAUGGGGUGAUUUAAUUCGGCGAAAAAAUGGAUGCUAUAAAAAUUUAAUUGCUGCCGGUACAUAA